AUGCCUGCUGUUGGAGAAAUCUACCUCGUUACUGGAGGCCACGGAUUUCUUGGACAAGAAGUCAUAAAACUUCUGAUUGAAGAAAAUCGUGAUCUCUCAGAAGUCAGGAUAUUGGACAAGGUGAUACAACAAAACUUUAUUGAAAGUUUGCAAGCAUUGGCUGGAGGCAGAAUUAAACUGACGGUUUUCAAAGGAGAUGUGAGAAAUAAAGAGAUCCUGCAGAAAGCCUGCCAAGGACUGACCUGUGUUAUUCACACUGCUUCUGUGAUUGAUAUCUGGGGUUACAUCAGCAAUGAAGAACUAGAAUCUAUCAACGUUGAAGGAACUCGUCUUUUAUUAGACGCCUGUAUUCAGCAGAAUGUGAAAUAUUUUAUCUACACCAGCAGUGUAGAGGUAGUUGGGCCAAAUGCAAGAGGUGAUCCUAUCUGUAAUGGCGAUGAAGAUACGGUCUACCUUGGCAAGCUAAGAUUUCAGUACAGCAGAACAAAAUAUGCAGCAGAACAAUUAGUCCUGUCAACAAAUGGAUGCCUUCUACCUAAUGGUGAGCAGAUCAUAACAUGUGCCUUACGCCCCAUGUUUAUCUAUGGAGAAAACUGCCGCUUUAUGAAAAGCCACUUGGAUGAAGCAAUCAUCAAUGGAGAUGUUCUGCAGAGAAACUCCAAGAAGCAAGCUCUUGUGAACCCAGUUUACGUUGGCAAUGUAGCUUGGGCUCAUGUUUUAGUGGCCAGAGCUAUGAAAGACAAGGACAAGAAAAAAAUUGUUUGUGGAAAGUUCUAUUACAUCACAGAUGACACCCCACACAUGAGCUACUCAGAUUUUAACCAUGAGUUGAUGGGCCCACUUGGGUUUACAAUUCCAGAUAAGCUUAACAUGCCUCUGCUGUUCAUGUAUGUCACAGCUUUCAUACUGGAGAUAGUGCAGUUUUUGCUAAAGCCAUUUAUCAGAUAUAUUCCCAAAACAAACCGACACUUCAUUACAAUGCUCAACACAAAAUUCACCUUUACUAGCCACAAAGCCCGCAACGAUUUUGACUACAUACCACGUUACAGUUGGGAGGUAGUUAAAAAGCAGACCACUGCCUGGUUGGCUUCAAUUGUACAAGAACGGAGAGACAUCUUAAAUAAAAAAUAA